AUGGCUCCAAGAGCCCAGACUGUGGCUCUUUCAAGUGACUGGGCUCCUCCGGGUUCGGUAAAGGGGGCUCCGGGAGAGGAGUGGCUGGGGCAGCACGAGGCCCUGGAGAAGCUGAACAUGCAGGCCAUCCUGAGCGCCUCCACCGGCCAGGAGCAGCUCCUGCUCGAGCUGCUGGUGAGCCAUGCCAAGGUCCCUAUUCUCAUUGAGGAAUUGAUCUCUGUGGAGAUCUGGAAGCACAAGGUGUUCCCUGUGCUGUGCCAGCUGGAGGAUUUCAAGCCAAAAAGCACCUUUCCCAUCUACUUGGUGCUGCACCAUGAAGCUUCUAUUAUCAACCUCCUGGAGACAGUGUUUUUUCACAAGGAAAUCUGUGAAUCUGCUGAGGACACCAUUCUGGACUUGAUCGAUUACAGCCACCGGAAACUGACCCUGCUAGUAGCUCGAAGCGCCAACGGGGAGUUCCCAGCCCAUGAAAAGCUUCUGCCUGACGAUCUGGCCAGUGCCUCAUCAAUGCAGGAGCUGCGGAAGCAGGCAGAGGUGAUGGAGUUUGAGAUCUCCCUGAGGGCCCUCUCCGUGCUCCGUUUCAUCACUGACCAGGUAGACAGUUUGCCCCUGAGUGCCCUGACACGGAUGCUUAACACUCACAACCUGCCCUGUCUGCUGGUAGAGCUCCUGGAGCAUUGUCCAUGGAGCCGCCGCGAAGCAGGCAAGCUAAAGAAGUUUGAGAAUGGAGCCUGGCACGUGGUACCUCCGGAAGAUCAUGUGAAGAUGACCAAGCUGGAUGGGCAGGUGUGGAUCGCCCUCUAUAACCUCCUCCUGAGCCCAGAAUGCCAGCGGAAAUACAACUUGAAUGGUUUCAACAAGAGCCAGCUCCUAAAGCUCCGUGCAUUCCUGACCGAUGUCCUCAUUGACCAGUUGCCAAAUCUGGUGGAGAUGCAGAGAUUUCUGAGCCACCUCGCCGUGACAGAGCCUGGUCCACCCAAAAAGGACCUCAUCCUGGAGCAGGUUCCUGUCAUCAGGGACCGCAUUGCCCAAGAGAAUGCUGGGAAGUGGCAGGCCAUCGCCAAGCACCAGGUCAAGCACAUGUUCAGCCCCUCAGAGGAUGAGCUGAAAGGCCUAGCUUGCCGGUGGGCGCAGACUUACAACCUGGACGUGAUGGAGGCUCUUGCGCCAGAGAAACCCAAGUGCGGGCUGUGCGGCUUGGAGGCCACCAAGCGCUGCUCUCGCUGCCAGAACGAGUGGUACUGCAAACGGGCGUGCCAGGUGCAGCACUGGCAGAAGCACAAGAAAGCUUGCAACCUGAUGGCUGAUGCCCUGAAGAAAAUCCAAGAGGAGCUGAAAGUGCAGCCAUAGGCCUCAGCCUUGCAAAGCGGGACCAGGCAGGCCAGCAAUCUGAGUCAGAGUCCCCGCUUAGAACAGAAGCCAGACAAGCCCUUGUCCAUGCGAUACAGCAGACCAGGGCUCCGCUAGAGACUGCCUCAGCAGGAUCCGCGUUUCUGAACCCUUCCGUACUUGAGAACGGG